AUGCUGCUCCAAGCCCUGGGGCCGACGCGGGGGAGGGACCGGGGGCGGCCGGCCAGGGCUCCCCAACGCUGGCACUCGCCUCCCUGGAGCCCCGCCUGGAUCUGCUGCUGGGCGCUUGCCGGCUACCAGGCGGCCUGGGCUAGGGACCUGUCCUCCUCCAGCCGUCCACUUCCUCCUUGCCAGGAGAAAGAUUACCACUUUGAAUAUACGGAAUGUGAUAGCAGUGGCUCCAGGUGGAGAGUUGCCAUCCCCAAUUCUGCAGUGGACUGCUCUGGCCUGCCUGACCCUGUGAGAGGCAAAGAAUGCACUUUCUCCUGUGCUUCUGGAGAGUAUCUAGAAAUGAAGAACCAGGUUUGCAGUAAGUGUGGUGAAGGCACCUACUCCUUGGGCAGUGGCAUCAAGUUUGAUGAAUGGGAUGAAUUGCCAGCAGGAUUUUCCAACGUGGCAACCUUCAUGGACACUGUGGUGGGGCCUUCAGACAGCAGGCCAGAUGGCUGUAACAAUUCUUCUUGGAUCCCUCGUGGAAAUUACAUAGAGUCUAAUCGUGAUGAUUGUACGGUGUCUUUGAUCUAUGCUGUUCACCUUAAGAAGUCAGGCUAUAUCUUCUUUGAGUACCAGUAUGUCGACAACAACCUCUUCUUUGAGUUCUUCAUUCAAAAUGAUCAGUGCCAGGAGAUGGAUACCACCACAGAAAAGUGGGUAAAACUCACAGACAACGGAGAAUGGGGCUCUCAUUCUGUAAUGCUGAAAUCAGGCACAAACAUACUGUACUGGAGAACUACAGGCAUCCUUAUGGGCUCAAAGGCAGUUAAGCCUGUAUUGGUAAAAAACAUCACAAUUGAAGGAGUGGCAUACACAUCAGAAUGCUUCCCAUGCAAGCCAGGCACAUUCAGCAACAAACCAGGUUCGUUCAACUGCCAAGUGUGUCCCAGAAAUACCUAUUCUGAGAAGGGAGCCAAAGAAUGCCUCAAGUGUAAAGAGGAUUCCCAUUUUUCAGAGGAAGGAUCCAGUGAGUGCAUGAAACGCCCUCCCUGUACCGCAAAAGACUAUUUCCAGAUCCAUACUCCAUGUGAUGAUGAAGGAAAGACACAGAUAAUGUACAAGUGGAUAGAGCCCAAAAUCUGCCUGGAGGAGCUCACAGAUGCUAUUAGAUUGCCACCUUCUGGAGAGAAAAGGGAUUGUCCACCUUGCAAUCCUGGAUUUUAUAACAAUGGCUCGUCUUCUUGCCAUCCCUGCCCUCCAGGAAUGUUUUCAGAUGGGACAAAGGAAUGUAGACCAUGCCCAGCAGGAACAGAGCCUGCACUUGGAUUUGAAUAUAAAUGGUGGAAUGUCCUUCCUGGUAACAUGAAAACAUCUUGCUUCAAUGUUGGAAACUCAAAAUGUGACGGGAUGAAUGGUUGGGAGGUGGCUGGAGAUCAUAUCCAGAGUGGGGCUGGAGGCUCAGAUAAUGAUUACCUGAUCUUAAACUUGCAUAUCCCAGGAUUUAAACCACCAACAUCUAUGACUGGAGCCACAGGUUCUGAACUAGGAAGAAUAACCUUUGUCUUUGAGACCCUCUGCUCAGCUGACUGUGUUUUGUACUUCAUGGUGGAUAUUAAUAGAAAAAGUACCAAUGUGGUGGAAUCAUGGGGUGGAACCAAAGAAAAACAAGCUUACACCCAUAUCAUCUUUAAGAAUGCAACAUUUACAUUUACAUGGGCAUUCCAGAGAACUAACCAAGGUCAAGAUAAUAGACGGUUCAUCAACGACAUGGUGAAGAUUUAUUCUGUCACAACCACUAAUGCAGUGGAUGGGGUGGCGUCCUCAUGCCGUGCUUGUGCUCUCGGUUCUGAACAGUCAGGCUCAUCAUGUGUCCCCUGCCCCCCAGGCCACUACAUUGAGAAAGAAAGCAACCAGUGCAAGGAGUGUCCACCUGACACUUACCUAUCCAUACAUCAGGUCUAUGGAAAGGAGGCUUGUAUUGCAUGUGGCCCUGGGAGUAAAAGCACUCCGGACCACUCAGUUUGCUACAGUGACUGCAUUUUCUACCAUGAGAAAGAAAACCAGAGUUUGCACUAUGACUUUAGCAACCUCAGCAGUAUUGGCUCCUUAAUGAAUGGCCCAAGUUUCACCUCUAAAGGAACAAAAUACUACCAUUUCUUCAAUAUCAGUUUAUGUGGACAUGAGGGUAAGAAGAUGGCUCUCUGUACCAACAACAUAACAGAUUUUACAGUAAAGGAAAUGGUUGGAAAGUCAGAUGAUUACACAAAUUUGGUAGGUGCAUUUGUAUGCCAAUCAACUAUUAUUCCUUCUGAAAGUAAGGGUUUCCGAGCAGCUUUAUCAUCACAGUCCAUCAUUCUGGCAGAUACAUUUUUAGGAGUGACAGUUGAGACAGCAUUGCAUAAUAUUAAUAUAAAAGAAGACAUGUUCCCAGUUACACCAAGUCAAAUACCAGAUGUGCAUUUCUUUUAUAAGUCUUCUACAGCUACCACAUCUUGUACUAAUGGUCGGUCAACUGCUGUGAAAAUGAGGUGUAACCCUAAUAAACCUGGAGCAGGAAUGAUUUCAGUCCCCAGCAAGUGUCCAGCAGGCACCUGUGAUGGAUGUACGUUUUAUUUCCUGUGGGAGAGUGCCGAAGCUUGCCCUCUCUGCACGGAGCAUGACUUCCAUGAGAUUGAGGGAGCCUGUAAGAGAGGACUUCAGGAAAUUUUAUAUGUAUGGAAUGAACCUAAAUGGUGCAUUAAAGGAAUUUCUUUGCCUGAGAAAAAGUUGUCAACCUGUGAAACAGUUGACUUUUGGCUAAAAGUGGGAGCAGGUGUGGGAGCUUUUACAGCUGUUUUGCUGGUGGCCCUAACUUGCUAUUUCUGGAAAAAGAAUCAAAAACUGGAGUACAAAUACUCCAAAUUAGUAAUGACGACUAACUCAAAAGAAUGUGAGCUCCCAGCUGCAGACAGCUGUGCUAUCAUGGAAGGAGAAGAUAAUGAAGAAGAAGUUGUGUAUUCUAAUAAAAAGUCCCUACUGGGAAAACUCAAAUCCUUGGCAACAAAGGAGAAAGAAGACCAUUUUGAAUCUGUUCAGCUGAAAUCCUCAAGAUCUCCAAAUAUAUGAUGAGACAGUUCUGUAGUCUUCAGACUAAUGAACAAAGAAACCUGCUUUCUAGUUUUACAGGACCACAUUUUAGAACCUGGCACCUGUCCUGGCACCUGUCACAUUGGGGAUCACCUUGAGGAGGACCAACCUGCUGAAAAGGGAAGGAGGUUGAAAUGUCUGAUUGCCUUAUCACAUGGUCAAGUACCUUGCCAGAAAAGGAAAGCAAGUGAUUUGGGUCUCAACUGAAGAUGAAGCUCAACUCAGGAAGAGAUUUAUCUGUACAUAAACAUAACUGAAAACCCAGUUUAAACCCACCAGUGCACUGCUGAUGCAUGCCGUAUAAUUAAUGGAUAACUUUUAUUCUUUCUAAUGCCUACGGAAAAAAAAGUGUGGUUUGGAGGGCACGUAUGAGCAUAUGCAUUGUGAUCCCAUUAAAUUCUUUCCUCUG